AUGGACAAGGCCUACGAGUAUGCGAAGUCCGCGGUGGUCAACUUCAAGCUGGACAGGUGUUGCUGCUUGGCGCCGGUACGCGUCGGCGUGCUCAUUAUAGGAUACUUUAAUUUAUUUAUAGCGGUUUUAUCUCUCAUGGGCACGGCAGAUGGCGGCAUCACGCCUCCCUUGAUGGAAGUGCAGGAAGCAUUUUUAGAAGACAAUGCGUCGAAGCCCGCCGGUAUCCUGGCCUACUCCUCCGAGCUGGUGUUCAGCACCGUGCUGCUGUGUGCCAUGUACCGCAAUGACAUAGUGUUGCUGCGGGCGUACGUGUACUACACGAUAGUGGAGAUCAUAGCGGCGGUGCUUAUCUACUCCAUGGUCAUCGUCGCGGUGUCGCUGCUCACCAAAAUGGUUAUCAUCGGGAACAUCGUAUUCAACGGCUACGUGAUACUGCUAGUGAGGAGCGCCAUCGUGGAGAUCAAGGAGAGCACUAGCAACGAGCAGAACGGCCACGUGGUGCUGUACUCCGUGGUCAAAACACCUUCUGAGGAGGAAAAGUCCAGUCUAUCUAAAGACAAGGUGGUCCUGGACGCGGAGGCUGUGGGAGAUGAGAAGAAGGAACCUCAGGAGAUAAAACCUGACGAAAAACCAGCGCAAGUGCCGGCUACAUUGGAAACUGUAUCGGAAAACCGUAAAGAAGAA